AUGGCGCUGAGUAUAGAGCAGUGGCUGCUGCUCUACCUAAAAUGCUUCAUCAACGCCGUUCUUUACUACCGCAACGUGUACCCGCCUGAGUCGUUCAGUUGGAACAAGUACCAGGCGUUCAACUUGCCCCGGCACAUGCCCAUCACGAGACAUCAAGGCCUACAGGAUUAUAUAGAAGAGCUGUGCCUCGAUAUAACGAGCAAGCUAGUACAUCUGCGAAGUUUUAGCCUGCAUAUCGUCGGUGCAGGCGUGGCAGGGGCGGCGGGCCAGCUCUGGGAACGGUACAUACUGGACUUCGCAGAGUGGAACCACGGAGGUGGCGAAGUGCACGAGUCCGAAGCCUUCGAUUCGCUACGUGCGUGCUUGAACGACCUGCUCUGUAAGCUGGAGCAGCUGCCUGCGGUGGCACCGGGGCGUGUGGCCAUAGAACCAAUCGUGGAAACAUUUCAGCUCGAGCUCGGACGUGCGGUGGGGCGGGUGAAGACCGAUUCGGAGAAACUGGCAUUGGACCGGAAUGUCAACUGGGUCAGGUGCGCAGAGGCACAAUGGACCCAACGCCGAAGCGGACAAGGGCCGAUGGCGCACAGAGUACAAAUGACGCCCGUGGCCGGCUUUCAUGCGGGACCGUUGGCGAUUAACCAGCAUUUCGAGCGCACCAUUGUAGGGCCGACAACGGAGGACAAUAUAUAUGCGGAACGUGCCACUAGGGCACGCAGAUAA